UUGAAACGCUUUCUGCCCAUCUCCUUUUGUGGGUAAUCUCGCGAGAUUUUAGACCAAACACACUCAUAGCAAGUUUGGCUAAAAUGUUCAGCCAUACAAGUCAACAUACAGAGCUACACAAAACUAUUUUGCGAGGAGAGGAGCAGCCAUCUCUCCAGAGAUGUGAGGACUGCUGUUCCUUGUACCACUGUCCUUUCUGUGGGCCUGAAAUGUUCAAACCCACCAUCAAAAGCAAAUGUUUAAAACAUUUACAAGGUCACAGAAGAAGAGCGAUAAGGCACAAGGAGUUCUUCAUUUUUAAAUGUCAUUUAAAGUGCCGAACUGCUCCACACUUUCACUGCGUCAGCUGCACAUCCACUUUUAUGAGGAAAGAUGGUUUUCUAAAACACCUGGCCAUGUGCGAGAGCAAAAAACCCAAGGUAACUGUUGUGGAGUUGAAAUCAGGUGAGAGUUCACCUGCACCAGAUCUUCAUCUGACUGCAUCUGAGGCUGGCAGUACUGAUGAGAUGCCUGUCGGUGAAGGACACAAGAAUCUGAUCUCUGAAGAUGCUCAGGAAAUCAGGAGAAGAAAAGCAAACAUUGAGCAACACUUGUGCCCUAAAAGAGCUGUAAGUGAGGAGACAGUGAGCCAGGGACCCAGUGAUUCAGAGAUUGCAGACCAAAACUCCACAGUCUCAGGUGAAGGAGGGACUAUGGAGGAGCAGGUGAGAACAGAUGACCCAACUAUAUCCCCAGUGGAUGAAGGAGAUCCUUCAGUGGCAGAUCUCUCUGUAGUGGAUCAUAAUGAUACAGAGACAAAUUCUGCUGCCAAUCCUCAUCCUAUAGAGGCUGAUGUCGCCAUACAGACUUUGGUAAAUGAGAUGUUCUCUGGACACACAUCUGUUGAAAGCACCCUCCCACAAAAAUCCAGAUCCGAUGCACAAGAUCUGUGUCCAUUCUGUGGUUUAAUGCUGCACAGGAAGAAUCUGCAGGUGCAUUUAAGAAGGAAGCACCCAGAUCAAGUGUCAAACCAGGAGAAACCUGCCUUUGCUCAGGUGAAAAACCCAAAACAACAGAGACUCCCUUUGCGACAACAACAGAAGAUUGCAAUGGAGAGUGAAAUCAGAGAUCUGUUCAGACACUGUAUCAGGUUUCCAGUGCCCAUAUCUGCCUCUGUGGUCGCUGAUGAGCUGGUGGACACUGCCAAUGAAAAGCGUUGUAUCACCAUAUUGACCCGUUGGAGUCAGUGUGAUUUGGAGAGAGGGGUGAAACGGCGUUUCUCUCAGAGAUGGACUUUACUGUGUAAACACGACACAAUCGAGCAUGUGCUGCCGUCUGGAACAAGCUCACACAUAGAGAAGGAGUUGCUCAGCAGCCAUUCUCCUUCUGGGACUCUGCAAGCUGUCAUCCGGGAGGACGCAGGACAUCAGUACGUGGAGGUUUGGGGCCAAAAUGGUCUGGAGAAAAGUUUGGACCUUACAGCUCUAAAUAAACAUGGAAAAGUGUAUGAAGAUGCUCAGUUUGCAUGUCUGGCCUGGUCACCAUGUGAAAAAAAGUUGCUCUAUGUAGCUGAAAAAAAGAGGGUGGAGCCAUCAGCGCAUUCAUCAGUUGCAUCAGCCAAUGAGGAUGGUGGACUAGUGUUGCUUGAGGAACAGGAUAAGAACAUAUAUGUUGAAGACUGGGGUGAAGGUCUGGUGGGUAAGAGCUGUCCUGUCUUGUGUGUGGCUGAUCUCAACAAAGGGGCAGUUAUCGUAUAUGCUGGCAUCCCUCCUCAUAUAUCACCAGGACAGGCUCUGUGGGCACCUAAUGGGAGGGGCGUGGUGUUUGUGGGCCAAUGGAAUGAGCCGUUCAGACUGGGCCUGACAUUCUGCUCUAAUCGUAGAUCGGCUCUCUACUACCUGGAUAUGAAAGGAAACUGUGAGUGCUUGUCAGCUGAAGGUGUGUCUGUUUCAAGCCCUCAAAUGAGUCCAGACACGUGCUGGAUCGUAUACUUGCAGGGACAGGUGUUUGGACCACAUCGUCAGUGCCUGAGAAUGAUGCUGUAUGACAUGAAGAACAGAAGCACUUCGGUCUUAGUAGAUGUGGUCAGGAGAGCAGAAAAAGGUCAGUUUGCUGGUGUAUAUGAAUCAUUGCCAUCUCAAUGCUGGUCUGCAGAUAAUGAGAGAAUCUUCUUUAGCAGUGCCUGUGAAAACAAUAAGGCAGUGUUCUCAGUUGACAGAACCACAGGAAGAGUCACACAAGCGUGCGGACUGGAUGCGCUAAGACUAGAUGAUUUCGGAAGCGUGCAGCUGUUGACAAUACAAAAAGACCUGAUGAUGAUGAGCUGCUCAUCUCCAAAUCAACCUCCCUGCCUGAAAGUUGGCUUCCUCUCAUCAGUGGAUCAGGCUGAGGACAUGCACCUCUGUAAUGUGGGCGGAGCAGAUGUGUAUGAGGGAUUUGAUUGGCAGCCCAUGUUGAUCACACCCCCUUCUCAAGAGGAGAACCAUCAGUUCUCUGGACUGAAUUUUGGAGCAAUUUUGUUGAAGCCAUACAAUCUUCCAGAGAGAAGGAAAAGUCCUCUAGUGGUGAAUAUACAUGGUGGUCCUCAUGCUCAUUUUGCUGCUGACUGGAACGCCACAGCUGCUGCUUUAACCAAACUGGGAUUUGCUGUUCUGAUGGUGAACUACAGGGGCUCCACUGGUUUUGGUCAAGAUGGCAUAGAGUCUCUACUUGGAAACGUUGGCAGUCAGGACGUCAAAGAUGUUCAUAGGGCAGUGUUGUGCACUUUGCAGAAUGAGACGACCCUUGAUCCUGAUAGGGUGGCAGUGAUGGGUGGCUCUCAUGGUGGUUUUCUGGCCUGCCACCUGGUUGGUCAGUAUCCAGAUUUCUACAGAGCUUGUGCAGCAAGGAACCCUGUGAUCAACGCAGCCACGCUGCUUGGAACCAGUGAUAUUGUAGACUGGAGAUAUUCCUCUGUGGGGAUUCAGUAUGCUUUUGACCGGCUGCCCACAUCACAGUCCCUCAUUUCCAUGCUGGAGAAGUCACCCAUAAUACACGCUGCACAGAUCCGUGCUCCUGUGUUGUUGAUGUUGGGUGGGAGAGACAGGAGAGUAUCACCUCACCAGGGUCUGGAGCUCUACAGAGCACUCAAGAGCAGGAAUACACCUGUCAGGUUAUUGUGGUACAGUGAUGAGGGUCAUUCGCUGUCUAAAGUCAACACUCAGUCUGACUGCUUCCUCAACAUCGUUCUGUGGUUUAAAGAACAUUUAAACUGAUGCAACAUUUCUCAGAAACGCAUAUGAAAAUAUUUAUCAGAUGCUUUUUUUUUGUCUGCACAUAUUGUGUUUGACAUUCUUGCCAAAACUGUAGAUGUCCAUGAAUGUUGCACUGAAGCUGAAGUUAAAGGUUAUACAGGUCACUGUCCACUAGGGGACAGACCAGUCCAUGUUAAAUUAGCACUGCUAAAAUAAGGGGUCAAAUGCCAAAGGAUGAAAUCAUUAUGUUUAGAAAUCAGAGCUCAUGUACUGUGAUACUGAACUUCUCUUUUUAGAGUCAAUAUCUGAACAUUCACUCUCUUUUGUGAGAUGUUUACUCUUCGCUGUUUUUAAUGGACAGUAAUGAUCUUGCCAAUAUUUUUAGAUCAAACCUGUUUGACUUUAAAUACAAAUACAUGGUGAUCAUUUGUAGAUUUAAAUUAGUUUGAUUAUGAAAAAAGUACAUUUAGGAUGGAAAGCAGAAGAGAAGAACAAAAAGCUAUUUUCUAGUUUCUGAAAUGUAUCUAUAGAGAUCUUCAACAUUCCAUAUUUAUAAACAUGAUACGAGACAGAAAUGUGUGAUAUUUAUUUUGGCCAAUGCCUAUACACUGCUUUGGUGAAAGCUGUACCAGCUCACAUGUCUAAAAGACUCGUGUCCAUUUCACUUGCAGCCACUUAAGAAAGGUAUUUCCCUCAAAGAUUUCUUUGUUUCAUAGGUUUGGAAUAUUUUUGUCCUUUGAACACUUAAUCUCCAAAUCCUCUUUGACAGAUUCAUUUAGCUCUUGUGUUUCUAUCAUGAACUUUGUUUAUAAUGCUUUUUAUUUUAUUAUUAGGUAUUCUGGUUUGCCAUUUGUGGCAUGUAGAACACCAGCCAGUUUUAUGUUACAGUGUUUUAUGGCCAAUUAUAGCAUGUGGAUUUUCAAUAUUCUGGCUGUCUCAGGGGGCAGAUUGCUUUAUAUCCUGUUAAGAUUGCAUUGCUAAUGACCCACAGAGAAAGAAGUAGAACACAACAGGUCACCUGAGACCAUUGCCACUGUAUGUUUGUGUGUGUGUGUGUGUGUGUGUGUGUGUGUGUGUUUUAGAGAGAGAGAGGGAGAAAGAAAGAAAGCUCUGUAUUAUUCCCCCUUUGAUCAGGUUUGGUGUAGGUGUCUGGGUCUUAGGCAGGUCAAAUAUCAUUAAAAGUCUUUACUCUCUGUCUCAGUCUGCCUAGAUGCUGAACGACAUGCUCAUAAAGGAAGAUUAAAGAGCAAAGCAGAAUUUGAGAAUAAACACAAACACCCAAAAAGCAGAAAAUCAUUGCCAGGGGGUGAAAAGCAGAUGAAAAGCAGAAGCAGAUUAGAGGAAGUAGGGAGAAAAAUCUGAGUAGGUUUAAGGUCACACUGGGGUAAAAUGAGCCACAGCUUAGUUGGUGCUCUCAUGAGCUGUGAUGCGACAACUAAACGAAAACACGAAAGUUAUCUGAAUGCUGGGAGUUGGGUAAGAUCCAGUAGGCCUGGGGUACGUUGAAUCAACAGCCAUAAGUAUAACACAGCUUGAAGCAGUGAAUCUAUUUGAGUUGGCAAAGUAAUACAGCAUAAAUUAAAUCCUUCAGACAUCUUUGUUAUACUUUGGUUCAUGUUGCUUUUGGACAUUAGUCUUAUAUAAGUUUUUUUUUAAUUUUUAUCUUAAAGUAGAUCUUCAAACUGAUAAACAGCUCUGCUCUGUUUUGUUUUCACCUAUUAAUUAGAAAAAGGAAACAACACAAACUGGCUCACCUUACCACAGGCCCAAAGUAAAGGUGUGAGUAGUGGUCAGUGUCCAUCCAAAUGGGUGCCCACCCAAAAGAAAACAAAUUUAUUUUUUAGCAUAGAUUUUCACGUUUUUUUAUUGAUUUAUUGGCUGUUAGAUCAUUUAUUGGACUAUAAUAUUUGCUUGCCUCUGCAUUGUUUCAAUAGGAUGUCUGUCAUUGUCCAUCAUAUAUAAACUAAGUCAGUUCAAUGCCACCAGUGCCAAAAGACUUUUUUUCUGAAGUCUGAAAUAUUAAACAAUGAGCUAUAUAAAAGCAGUGUUGUUGUAGUAUUAUUUAUAUAUUAUUAUAGUGUUUGUUGCAUUUUUAAUUAUAUUUUAUUUUAAUGAAUGAAUAUCACUUUUAAAUUGUUUUGGUUAUAGUCGUAGGUAACAAUGACAAUGUUUAAAAGUUGUUAACACAAGUGUCAACUGAAUCCUGAAUAAAUAUUGAAAAGGAAAACCUAUGUGGUUUAUAAAUACAGCAUUUAAUAUUUAUUUCAUUUCAGUUACCGGAAACAAU